CAGCAACAACAACAACAACGGCAGCAACAACAACAACAACAACAACAACAACGGCAGCAACAACAACAACAAUCAGUAUCAUCGAAUUGGGAUGCUAUUGUUGCUAUGAAUGGCUUAGGUUCAAAGGAUAAUUCAGCUAACAGUAAUGGUGACUUGUUGAAGGAAGUGAUGCAUGCAUACGCUCAAAAG